AAGCUUGUCACAUUUUUAGGCUGGUUCUGGGUGGGCACACUAGGAACUAAGGUGAGAUAAAAACUUUUUUAAAUGCUACAAUGAGACAUUUUUAGACAGCAACAUGGUUUAUAAAUGAUUUCUGUAUAUACAUUUCAGGAUGACUACAGCCUUUAUGGCAUCCAAGCAUUUUCUAAUCAGUUUGGAAGGCAAGGUGGAUGUGUGGCAUUUCAUCUCUCUAUCCCAGCAUCACCCACAAUGGCUGAAAUACAAGAAAUGGCAGAUAAGCUGGAGAGUUCAACUGCUCGGGUUGUGGUGGUGUUUGCUACAGAAGGGCAGCUCCUAAAUCUGUUCUUAGAACUAGCUCAAAGGAAUGUGACCGGGAUACAGUGGAUAGCCAGUGAAGCCUGGGUGACCUCUAGCCGACUGGCCUCACCCCAGUUACUUCACCUUCUACAGGGAACACUGGGCUUCACUUUCCCCGGAGUCAACAUCCCAGGCUUGAAAGAGUUUCUUUUGAAUGUCCGACCCUCUCCCAAACCAGGAAUGGAAUUUUUCAAUAUGUUCUGGGAAGAACAUUUUGGUUGUAAGCUAGAGUUUGAAAGCCAAAGAGCCAAAGAGUAUGAAGCAGAUGAUUUUAAUGAUAAUGAUAGUUUUCGUUACAACCCAGGUUUCCAAAACAAUUCUCUUUAUAUGGUCGGAUUUAAUGUGGGACAAAAAAGUUUAUUUAACAUGUCAGCUUAUAAAGAUGGUGAAUAUGCUUUUGAAAAGCCUGUAUGCACAGGGUCAGAGGAUUUGAGAAACACUGACAGCAGUUAUAGUGAUGUAUCUCAGGUUCGAAUAUCCUACAAUGUGUAUAAAGCUGUGUAUGCCAUUGCCCAUGCUCUGCACAAUUUUUUGAACUGCGAUUCAGCAGGACCUAGCGGGGGAUUGUGUGAGAAACACAGCUCAUUUUCAAAUGGUCAGUUUCUUCAUCAUCUGAAAAUGGUAAAUUUCACCAACCAGUUUGAUGAGAAAGUGUAUUUUGACUCCAAUGGAGAGCCAGUCCCUCUUUAUGACAUUAUUAACUGGCAGAAGGACAGCAAGGAUGAAAUCAGAUUUAUCAAAGUUGGAUCCUAUGAUGGUUCAGCACCACAGAGAGAGCAGUUGCAGAUAAUAAAGAACAGUAUUGUAUGGACAAAAGGACAGUUACAGGUUCCUGUAUCUCAGUGUAGUGCUCCAUGUCCUCCCGGCAGCAGGCAGGCCACACGCCAAGGAGAGCCCAAAUGCUGCUUUGACUGUUUGCCCUGUGCAGAUGGAGAGAUCAGUAACAAGACUGGUUCUACUGAGUGCACAAAAUGUCCUGAGUACUUCUGGUCAGACAAAGACAAGGUGAAAUGUGUUGCAGGGGAAGAAGAAUUCCUCUCUUUCUAUGACACCAUGGGUAUCGUCCUGGUUGCACUCACCCUGCUUGGAUUCAUCCUGACAUCCAUCAUCACAAUUAUUUUUCACAGUUUCCGCUAUACACCCAUUGUCAAGGCCAACAACUCAGAAAUAAGUUUCUUGCUUCUUCUGUCACUCAAGCUCUGUUUCCUGUGUUCUUUGGUGUUCAUUGGUCAGCCGUCUUGGUGGACAUGUAGGCUCCGCCAAGCAGCAUUUGGGAUCAGCUUUGUCCUGUGUCUCUCUUGCUUACUUGUUAAGACCAUUGUGGUCCUCCUGGCUUUCCGGACUGGCGUAUCUGGUUCCAGGGGUUGGAAGCUGUUUGGAACAUCUCAGCAGAGGAUUCUGAUCAUCUGUACGACAGCUCCUCAGAUUUGUCUCUGUUCUGGCUGGGUGUUGGGAGCACCUCCCUUUCCAUUCAGGAACCCAAACUACCAAGCUUUAACUGGAAAAAUUGUUGUGGAGUGUAAAGAGCCAUGGCCUCCUGGAUUCUACCUGCUCCUUGGUUACAUUGGCCUAUUGGCCUUUGUCUGUCUUCUCCUGGCAUUCUUUGGACGAAAGCUACCGGACACGUUCAACGAAGCAAAGUUCAUCACCUUCAGCAUGCUGAUUUUCUGGGCUGUGUGGAUUUCUUUCAUCCCAGCUUAUGUCAGUUCUCCUGGGAAAUUUUCUGUGGCAGUGGAAAUAUUUGCUAUCUUAGCAUCCAGUUUUGGAUUGUUACUGUGUAUUUUUAUUCCCAAAUGUUACAUUAUUUUACUGCACCCUGAGAGGAAUAUUAAGAAAGGGAUGACUGGAAAAUAUCAAAGAUGAACAUUUGUAUUUUCAGUGUUUUUCAGGGUAAUUAAUAAAAUGCUCACAUUUGAAUUUGAAGCUAAAUAAAAUACUAUAUGAGAGAUGUCUUUGUGAGAUGUCUUUGUGAUUCUGGAUAGUGUUUUUAAAAUAUGUUCAGCUGGAAGCUGGUUCCAUAGAAGAGGGACCUGAAAACUGAAGGCUCUGCCUCCCAUUCUACUUUUAAACA